AGACAAACGUCCAAAGCACAGCACCUCACAGAUCAGCGAGAAAUCGUAGGAGAAAACUAGGCCAGAUCACAGAGCGAUCCCAACCUUUUCGAUGUGAAUUCCACGCGCCGUCAAAGGACCGAAAGCAACGCAACCUGUGAUAGAUAAAGAGCACAAACCAAAGAGACAGAUAGUAAACUGCAGCUGUGAUAAAUCUUAAUUUCAACCGGAGACCAAAUAUUUAACUUGGCCAUGACGACAUCCAGCAAUUUGGUGGCGCAGCCCGACAACCAGAUCAUCCAGGGCGACCCAAUGUUUAGUAGUGGCUUCGUUAGAAGAGACUUUAAUGACAGCGGAAUUGCCGAUGGCAAACUCCGCACCAUCUCGACUUCGUCUUGCGCCACGACCAUGUCCUCGGAGUCCUACCGCAUCUCUCUCGGCGUAGGGCCUCUGUGGUGGUCCGAUGUCCCUGUCCACCACAGAACAGAUCACGAUAGGGCAUCGCUCUUAACGGGCUACAGCCGUAAGUCUUCGGUCGACUCGGCUGGUGGCAGCUUUUACGAGGCCAGCUCCCGGGCGUCGUCGUUGUCGUCCUCCGAAUCGGAUUGCUCCGAUUUGGAGUCGCAGCCCGACAUCCACUCGCUGUGCUCCGACGAUGACUGCCACGAGGUGCUGCGCCAGAUCUUGCAGCACGACCAGCCGGUGCAGAUCACCAUCAAGCUGCACGUGACCGAGGACCAGUACACCAAUUGGAAUACGAUUUUGAACCCAGUCAAGAACUUGUUGUACGUCGCUCUGCCGAAGGACCUUCCGCCGGCCGGCUCCAAGCAGACCUUCCUCUCGCUCCUGGAGUUCGCCGAGGACAGGCUCGAGGUGGACGGCAUCGUGAUGGUCAUGCCGAAGGACCAGCCGGACAAGGCCCGCCUCAUUGAGGCGUUCUUGUUCAUGGGCUUCGAGCCUCUGUCCAGGAAGGCACCGCAGGCACCGCCGGCCGCCAUGAACGAUGAUGAGAACCACUACUUUCUAUACAACAUGGAGGAGUAGUUUGACGAAGUGGGACGAUUUUCGCAGCAAGAACGAUGAAGAACACCUUUAAUCAGCAACAAGCCUAUAUUCAAUCCGUAGUUUCCGCAAAUAAUUAAAUAUUAGCUCACCCUAUAUCCGGCAACAUAUUGAAACCAAUGUGUUCAGUAAAAAACAAAUUCACCCUUUUGAAAUCUUCGCGUUUACGUAGUCGAAAAUCGUUAUAAAAUUGUCCCGGAGCGGCUUGAUUUUUUGGUAGUCUUUCAAUUACGGCCAGCCACGUUAAGAGCCUGAUCGCAAAUAAUUAUAUUCAACAUAUAAUCGAAAAAAAAACGAAAGAAAAUAUAAAAAAAAUUUUUAAAAGAGAAAAAUGUCAUAAAAAAAAUGUAAUUAUCCUAAGUUUAUACGUGAAUCAAUAUUUUGUAUUAAUGUUUUCGCUUUUGUUGUAAUCACAAUUUAUCUUUUCAUGUUUUUCAAUAUGUUAUAUUUAAGCUUAUAUAUUAUGUAUCGUAAUCCCAAUUUUUUCAAACUAGAAAAUAUUAUAUAUAUUUUUAUUCACUUUUUGUAUGCUUAACGCGAUGAGAAAGGAAAAGUAGAAAAGAUGAAGGAUUGAAGGGAAACACAUAUGCAUAAAAGCUACUUCACAUACGCCAGCAAAAAAAAAUCAAUAUUCACACGAUAUCCAAGAUAAAUAAACUUAUUAACCAAUAGAUUCCACACCAAGCAAAGAAAACGAGAGCAAUUCUUUUAUUUAUUCCAUUCGAUGUAUGAUUUUCUUGAUUCCGAUAAUAAAACUUAUGACUUAACAAAAUUA